AUGCUAGAUAACAUGCAAUUUCACUCACCUGCGCCGGAACAUCCCCGAUUGAAUGAAAGCAUAAACGGAAAUCCCGCUUCGCAUCGUUUGGGUUACAAACUCCACCAGAAGGUACAGAGACUGAAUAUGGUCAAGGAGAACAUUGAGGGGGAAUUGAACUCGAUGGGCUCUGCACAUGGCCAAAUAUCCGUCGGUAGCAGUAUCCAUGCUAUCGAUUCAAGUGUCGAUGACUACCUGAUACCUUCUCCGCCAUUGUCGCCCAAACUGAGACAUUCUCCUAUAGUAAGCCAGCCGCAAGUGAUUGGUAUGAAAGCCGACUGUCGGGACUUGAUCAUGUUGACCCCUGUUUGGGAAACGGGGUUGGAUUCGCAGAGGUACAAUUACAACACUAGGAAUUUCUUAUCGCAGUAUAGCUUCUUUCGGGAUAUGAAGAUUACGAAAAGGUUGCCUACAAAGGAUUUUAAAAGGUCGAAAAUGGUUAGACCGGUAAACAAUCCAGAAAUACUACCCAAGAGAAGAAGGUACGAUAGGAAAAUUAAGAGAAGGUCAAGAGAGAUAGAUGACGAUGACGGGGUCGGAUUGGAAAACUAUGACGAAGAAAGUAGCCCUACUCGUGAGGUUCCUGUCAGAUCAGUGACCCCUAUACGUCAAAUCAAAAGAUCACUUCAUACUAUUUCUUCCCCAUUGGCAUCUCAAGGCGUGAUUAACAGUGUUCCCAAGUAUGUUCCGAGUAUGUCAUGGGAAAGGUUACCUGAUUACUCUCCUAAUUUAUGUACUUUAUCCAAUGACAAUAGCAAAGCUCUAAGAGUGGAAUGGAAAGGUUCUCCAAUGGAUCUGAGUCAGGAUCCGCUCAAGCAACAUUUGCAUCCGGCAGAGUUGGUGCUGGCACAGAUUUUAAGACUACCAUGUGAUCUUUAUUUGGACUCCAAAAGAAGGUUUUUCUUAGAAAAAGUUCACCGGUUCAAAAGGGGGUUGCCAUUUAGGAGAACAGACGCGCAGAAAGCUUGUAGAAUAGACGUUAAUAAAGCAUCGAGGCUAUACGCUGCUUUUGAAAAGGUGGGCUGGUUACAGGAUACGCAGUUUGAAAAAUAUCUCCAAGAAAAAUGA